AUGGAAGGAGUGUUCCACAGCCACCUGGAUGACAGGGUGCGGCCUUACAUAGACCUGAUUGACUCCCUCAGGACGAUCGGCAUUGAGAAGGACCUGGCCCUGCCCGCCAUUGCUGUGAUCGGGGACCAGAGCUCUGGGAAGAGCUCCGUACUGGAGGCCCUGUCUGGGGUGGCACUGCCCAGGGGGAGCGGAAUUGUGACCCGCUGUCCUCUUGAGCUGAAGCUGAGAAAGUUGAGAGGAGGGAUCCAGUGGAAGGCCAUUAUCUCCUACAAAGAUGAAUUAAUCGAGUUUGAUGACCCAUCACUGGUGGAAGAGUACGUGACUGGUGCGCAGGACAAGCUGGCUGGGGCAGGGGUGGGAAUCUGUGAUGAGCUCAUCUCUUUGGAGAUUAGCUCUCCUGAUGUGUGUGAUCUCACCCUGAUUGAUCUCCCUGGAAUUGCCAGGGUUCCUGUUAAAGGUCAGCCAGAUGACAUUGGAGAUCAGAUCAAAACUCUCAUCCUGAAUUUUAUUCAGAAGAUUGAAACCAUUAUAUUAGUUGUGGUUCCAUGUAAUGUUGACAUAGCAACAACGGAAGCUUUGAAGAUGGCACAGGAAGCUGAUCCUGACGGGAAAAGGUCUCUAGCAAUUCUGACCAAGCCAGACCUGGUUGAUAAAGGGACAGAGAAGAAUAUUCUAGAAAUUGUCCGAAACCAAGUGAUCCCACUCAGCAAGGGCUACAUCAUUGUCAAGUGCCGGGGCCAGAAGCAGAUUGAUGACAAGAUCUCCCUGUCUGAUGCCACCAGAGCAGAGAAAGAUUUCUUUCGGCGCCAUGAGUACUUCAGUGGCCUUCUGCAUGAGGAGAAAGCCGGCACAGUAUGUCUUGCCAAAAGACUGACCCAGGAACUGGUGGAUCACAUCAAAAAAUCCCUCCCUCUCAUCUCUGAGAAAAUUACGCAGCAGCUGUGGGACACCAGGAAGGUGCUGGGUCUGAUGGAGAGUGGGCCCCCUCUGGAUCCCCUCCAGAGGAAGAUCUACCUCAUCGAUACACUAAUGAAGUUCAACAGCAAGAUAAGCCAAUUGUCCAAUGGGGAGGUUGUCAUGCAAGAGAACCUGUUCAUCCUGCUGCGAUCUGACUUUAAAAAGUGGAAAGAUCACCUGGAUGGCGCCAAAGAGAGUUUUCACCAAACGGUGCAGGAAGUCGUGAAGGAGUACGACCUGAAACACAGACGUCGUGAGCUGCCUGGGUUCAGCAACUACAGCGUGUUUGAGAUAGUUGUCCAGAAGCUGGUGGAGGAGCUCAAGGGGCCAGCUAUAGACGCGGUGAAGAGCAUCAGAGGCACUGUCCAGAAGCAGUUCAACGAUGUGGUGAAAACCUGCUUCGUGAAUUAUCCUUAUCUUCAGUGUGUUUCAUCGAACAAGAUAGACAACAUACAAUCAACACAGGAGGCCCUGGUAGAGGAGAGGAUCAUGGAACAAUUUGAAAUGGAGCAGCUGGUCUAUACACAGGACAGCAUCUACUACAAAACCCUGAAGGACAUUGCAAACCAGGAGGCCUCAGAGGAUAACUGCGCAGCAUUUGGCAGCAGGUCCAACUACCCAGACAUGCUCAAGGCCUACUAUGAGAUUGUCGUCCAGCGGCUGGCUGACCAGGUGCCGAUGUUGAUCCUCUUCUUCCUGCUGAAGCAGUCGGGCCAGAUGUUGUGCAGACAGAUGCUUAACCUGAUGGAUGGAGGCAAUGUCAACGAGAUCCUGCGUGAGGAGUCGGACUUCAGCCGCUAUAGGAUCGAAAUGCAGAACCGCCUGGAGCGUCUCACGCGGGCCCAGAAAGAGUUCUCCAGUUUCCAUUGA